AUGUUUGGGAAAGGGUUUCCCUUCUUGAAUUCCGGAGGUUUCUAUUCCCGUGAAGGCAUUGACUCGGGGAGACCUGCGGUGAGUGGAUACACGAGUAAAGUGCGAGUUCAAGACCGAUAUCACAUUGUAGGCUUCAUCAGUAGUGGAACCUAUGGCCGGGUAUAUAAGGCGAUCGGCAAAAAUGGGCACAAGGGAGAAUUUGCGAUCAAGAAAUUCAAGCCCGAUAAGGAAGGCGAAUCAAUCCAAUACACUGGAUUGUCGCAGUCUGCAAUCCGAGAAAUGGCCCUUUGUACGGAAUUGUCGCAUGCCAACGUCGUUCAACUGGAAGAGAUCAUUCUCGAGGACAAAUGUAUUUUCAUGGUGUUCGAAUACACAGAGCAUGAUCUGCUCCAGAUCAUUCACCACCAUACACAGCCCCAACGACAUGCAAUUCCGGCGACCAUGGUUCGAUCCAUCUUAUUCCAGCUACUGAACGGCUUGCUUUACCUGCAUACCAACUGGGUCCUACAUCGCGAUCUCAAACCAGCCAAUAUUCUUGUUACCUCAAGCGGGGCCAUCCGAAUCGGUGACCUUGGUCUAGCCCGGUUAUUUUACAAACCGCUCAAUUCACUCUUCUCCGGCGACAAGGUCGUCGUCACAAUAUGGUACCGCGCCCCAGAGCUGCUCCUUGGAAGCCGACACUAUACUCCGGCCGUGGAUAUGUGGGCAGUAGGCUGCAUCUUCGCCGAGCUUCUCUCCCUACGUCCAAUAUUCAAGGGCGAGGAGGCCAAGAUGGACAGUAAAAAGACCGUCCCUUUCCAGCGUAACCAGAUGCAGAAAAUAGUUGAGAUUCUCGGCCCUCCCCGCAAAGAGACAUGGCCAGGUCUUGUCUCCAUGCCUGAAUACUCACAGCUCCAGGCUCUCGUAUCACACCGGCAAGCAUCCCACUACCACCGCGGACCCAAUCUAGAAAGCUGGUUCCAGACCUGUUUGAAGAAUGGUGAUUACUCUACCAACUCAAAAGUCGGCACUCCAGGCCCCGACGGAUUCGACUUGCUUUCGCGCAUGCUAGAGUUUGAUCCAACAAAGCGCAUCACAGCCCAGGAAGCGCUCGAGCACCCAUACUUCACGAACGGAGGUGCUGUUAGCGCCAAUUGUUUCGAAGGCAUCGCGGACAAAUACCCGCAUCGCCGAAUCACGCAGGAAGACAAUGAUAUCCGCUCCGGUAGCAUGCCUGGCACUAAACGCAGUGCAUCAAACCUAGAAAAUUUUCUAAUGGGCGGAGGAGCUUUUUACCCUCGCGUUAAAAACGAGACAACUCAGAUGAGCGAUUCUCCUGGCCAAAAUAGCCAUUACCAUGCACUAGUAGAUCUAGGCAGCAAUGGCAUCCGAUGCUCCAUAUCCGACCUAACGCCACCAACGACACGAGUGAUACCAAACAUUCACUUUCAUCGUGUGAACAUAUCGCUCUACGAAGCGCAGAUCGACUCAGAAACCGGGAAGCGAAUCCCAAUCCCACAACACGUGAUAGACCGCGUCGUCAGCGCAAUUGUUCGAUUCCAGAUAAUAUGCGUCGAGGUCGGAGUCCCGACAAGUAAUGUGCGUCUCAUUGCUACCGAGGCGACUCGGACAGCUGUAAACUCUGAAGAAUUCACGGAGGCAAUCCGCCACAAAACGGGCUUCACGGUGCAGAUGCUUCCUAAGGAAGAAGAAGGCAUAGUUGGUGCUUGGGGGAUUGCGAGUAGCUUUUCUGAUGUCGAGGGUCUGGCGCUAGAUCUUGGUGGUGGGAGUAUGCAGAUGACUUGGAUUGAGUCGCAUACGGGUAAUGUGCAGAUCAGCCCGCAUGGCGCUGUGAGCUUCCCCUACGGUGCGGCAGCGUUGACACAGAAGCUGGCGGAUCUCAGCCGCGGCAAGAAUGAAGAUGAGGCGAAUAAGGCUAAGGAAGAGUUCCGGGUGGUUAUGGCGGCUAGCUUUCGUGAUGCCUUUAAGAUGCUUCAGGUUCCGAAGGCUAUGGUGAAGAAGGCCAAAGAACAAGGCGGUUUCCCCCUCUAUCUGUCCGGAGGAGGAUUCCGAGGCUGGGGAUACAUCUUGCUAUACAUGCACCAGGUCAAGGGAAAGAACUAUCCGAUUUCGAUCAUUAACGGGUACUCUGCGCUCAAGAAGGAUUUCGAGAACACAGAAGCCCUUAAGAAGGUUGCCCGUACAGCUGAUGAGAUCUUCCGCGUGUCUGAUCGACGACGGAAACAGGUACCCUCCGUUGCGUUCUUAGUAAAGACGCUGGCUGAUUCACUGCCACACGGUAUCAAAGAGGCGCAUUUCUGUCAGGGUGGCGUUCGCGAGGGCGUGUUAUUCCGCGAGAUGCUCCCAGUAAUCCGUCAACAGGAUCCCCUAGAGGUAGCCACGGCUCUAUACGCGCCUCCAUCAGCGCAGGCCAUCGCCGGGUUGAUGCUAUCCUGUCUUCCCCGCCCAACAGCCAAACGCUCAGUCCCCUCAUCGAUAAGUCUCCAUCUCAUCCAAGCAUUUGCCAACGCACUCUACGUGCACGCAAGCAUGGCGAAAGAACUUUCCUCCAGCGCAGCCCUGUACAGCACCAGCACAGGUCUUCUCGCCUCAACACACGGCAUCCCGCACAACCAGCGAGCACUCCUCGCCCUACUGCUACAAGAGCGGUACGGCGGAGAGAUUCCACCGCGUGACAUGGAUCUAAAGCAGCAUUUGCAGGGUAUUCUCACGGCAGAGGAGGUGUGGUGGACGCGCUAUCUUGGGAAGUUGGGUCUACUUAUUGGCCAGCUUUAUCCUAUCGGACGCAUUGACUUGUCUAAACCUCGUAUUGUGCCCACUGCGGAGUGGACGAGUGGAUUGGGAAAGAAAGGGAAAAAGGAUGGUAUCCAGCUGACGAUUAAUAUUCAAAAGGUUCCUUAUGACCCGACGCAUUUGAAGCAGGAGUUGGAGCAUGCCGUUCGGAAGAUUGAGAAUGUUGGAAAACGCAAGCAUUGGGUUGGUGGUCCUGAUGGAUGGGGUGUUAAAGUCUUGGUAUCGGUGGUAGAAGGGGAUUUAAUAUUGUGA